CAACAUGUAACUUUACACUUCUGUGCCGAGGUAACAACCUAGGUAACACCUUUGACACUUGCUGGGGAGAUUCGGUUACAACGGAACUCCUGCUCUACUCAGAAGGGAAGAGAACACAAUAUCCCACAAUGCCACGCGGAGAUGAUGUCACCUUAAAAUGGCGGCCUCUGCCGUUAACGUGGAAAAUGUCAAAAAGUUACUCGAGGACAGUCUGCUCAAACUCGGAUUUGAAGUGUACACCUUGAAGGUAGGUUGGUACAACUCCGUGCUGCCCACCAAGCUUCAGCUGCCGUACCCGAAUGACAACUUGGCCGUGGUGCUCCUCAGCACUCCCGCUAUGUUCGAGCAAGCCUUCCUUCCCUUCAUGGAGGAGAAAGGAUGCCAAGGGCUUUCUGACCCUAUUGACCAGUGUGUUAACCAUUGUGUCACCUCUGCUCUCACUCAGAACUUUCCCGGACAGAAGGUGGACGUGAGUUACGACUACGAGCUGCUGCCCAGCAGAAAGCCCAAAUUCUUAGCACAGACCGCCGCACACGUGUCAGGAGCGGCUUUCUACUACCAGCAGUCCGACGUCAGCGACCAACCCUGGGCCAACAAAAUGUUCGGUGUGUGCGUGCAUCCCAAAUUGGGAGGCUGGUUCGCCAUCCGAGCUCUGCUGGUGUUCCAAGAUGUUAAAAUUGACCCAGAGGAGCUCCAGCCUGCCCCUCCAGACUGCGUGCCCUCCAGGGAGGCCAGGAUUCAGUUGCUGGAAGAUUUCAACUUGCGGUGGCAGGAUUGGGGCUACAGGAACAUCAUCACUCCUUCGCAGACUUACUCGCAGAAACAGAAGGACUACUUCGCCACGCCGCCUGCCCAGCGACCCGCUCUCCUCAGGAGUUGGGGUCUCCUGCCAGAGUUGGAUGACACUCGCUCUCACAGCCCGGAGGAUCACGCUCAGGUGAAUGGACACGGCUGACAUGAAAAGGUGCUACAUUUUGGAGAUAGCUUUAUUUAUUAAGAUCAAUAGAUCUUUGCAAAAAACAGUUUAUGGUCAUUGAAGGUGUUUUUUUUUAUUUUUAUUUGGGGAGUAAUAGUAAGCAUUUUUACCAAACAAAAGUGUUUUCAUGAUUCAGCCGCUAGAUGUCAGUGUUGUAGCGCUCUCUAGUCAGUCCUUUCCUUGAACGAACUGUUCGGAUGAUCUUUUUAUAACAUUAUUUCAUGACACAUUUGCACCUUGAUGGAGUUUCUACUCUGACCUUAUCUGUAAUGAGCUUCUCACCUGAGCCCAUUCUCCCGCCCGAGCCAUUUAAAACUAUCUGUGUACUGAAUCAGCUCUCCAGCAGAGUUAAUUAUACUCCCACUGAUACGGCAUCACCUCAAUCUUACCACCUCCAUCUCUUUCACUUUUAGCUCAUAUGCUAUGCUGUGCGUGUUAUUCCAAGUCGAAUCAGAUAUGCAGGAAAAAAACAUUUGCACAGAAAGUAGAUAUAAAUCUAAUGUGUUUUCAUUCCACAAGUUUGAGAGUUUCAGCAUUUAAAUUUCUCAAACGAACCAACAUCGGAGAGUUGCAAAAGCAACGCCGCAGCUGCCGCGAGUCCGAUUCGGGUGUGCGGAUGAAAAGAGCAGCGAGCAGAGGCAGAGAAAGAGCUGCAGAGUGGCGCUUUGAUGAGUUGUGGUUGAGUGAAGCGGCGGCGCCGGCGGCCGCCCACGGGCCUCAGUCAGUCAGUUCACGGGGAGUGCGGGCAAAGGCCAGCUCGUGGGGCAACGCUAUCUGGUCAUUUUCAUCAUGUUUAUUUUAAUGACUUGUUUGUAAGAUACAGUAUCCGUGUGACAAAUGUAUUCAAUGUCUAAUAAAUAUACUGUACAUACAAUUUAAAAA